UAAAUGCGUCAAAAUGUCAGAUGACGUCAAUAGCUCUGCAACUUCUACUUCUUCUUCAACCGUACACUUUGACGAUACGCCGUUCGAAGAUGUCUACGAAAUUGAAACAGAACUUGGAAGCGGACAAUUCGCGGUAGUCCGACGGGUCCGAGAUCGAAAAACCGGUGAAAAAUAUGCAGCAAAGUUUAUCAAAAAGCGGCGAUACGCAACAUCUCGUCGUGGAGUCACUAGGCAGAAUAUCGAAAGAGAAGUUCGAGUGCUACAGAAGAUUCGUGGAAAUUCGAAUGUGGUGGAGCUUCAUGCAGUUUAUGAAACUGCCAGUGAUGUUAUCAUUGUUCUUGAGUUAGUAUCCGGCGGCGAACUAUUCGACCACGUCUGUGCAAAAGAAUGCCUUGAUGAAGUUGAAGCAGCAGCGUUUAUCAAGCAAAUCCUUCUUGCCGUACGACACCUUCACUCCCUCCAUAUCGUUCAUUUGGAUAUAAAACCAGAAAAUGUCAUGUUAAAACAACGCGGCGAUUCGCAGAUCAAAAUCAUCGAUUUCGGGUUGUCAAGAGAAAUUGAGCCGGGAGCAGUGGUAAAGGAUAUGGUCGGAACGCCAGAGUUCGUGGCUCCAGAGGUUGUCAACUAUGAAGCCUUGUCACCGGCGACUGAUAUGUGGGCCGUGGGAGUUGUGACAUAUAUUUUGUUAUCCGGUGGUUCCCCGUUCCUCGGUGACAAUCGCGACGAGACCUUCUCCAACAUCACCCGAGUUCGCUAUCAUUUCUCUGAUCGUUACUUCAAAAACACAUCGAAACACGCGAAAGACUUCAUCUACCGUCUCUUCGUCCGUGACGUAGAUCAACGUGCCACCGUAGAAGAGUGUCUCCAACAUCCGUGGAUCCGAGGGCCCGAAGGAAAUGCGAUCGAUAUUCGUAAAGCGUCCUGUAUCACAAUAUCACAUAUUCAAUCGUUCAAGACGCGGCAAAGAUGGAAGAGAUGUGUGGAGUUGGUGAUGGUUUUGUUGAAAGCUUCGAAGAGUUCUAGACGGAUCGGAGAUGGGCGGUUUGAUGAGGAGGAUAUGGUGGCGAGUUGUACUCUGAUAUGUGCGGAGGAAGGAAAUCUUCGGGCUCUGCAUAAGUUGUCGGCUCUACAUAAGCUUCUGCCGAAUGCGACUAGGAAAUCGCUGAAAUCUUCGUUUUCUGAGCCAAACGGAGCCACCGCAAUGCAUUGUGCAGCGAAAUAUGGUCAUGCUGAAGUGUUCAACUACUUUCACAUGAAAGGUGGCAACAUUUGUGCACGAGAUGACAAUGGUGACACCCCUCUACACGUGGCAUGCCGCUUUGCUCAGCAUACAGUAGCCGGCUACGUGGCAAACGAAAAAAUCGACGUGGAUUCGAUCAAUAAGACGGGAGAGACUGCAUUACAUUGUGCCGUAGAAUCGGCUGAUACAAGGGUGGUUAGGCUGCUGUUGCAGUUGAGACCUCGCUUGGAUUUACCAAAUGCGAGUGGAGAUACAGUACUCCAUUUGGCCGCCGACAGCAUAAAUCCCCGAAUCGUGCCGCUUCUCGUGUGCCUCGCUCCGCCGUUACAUUUACGAAAUAUUCGCGAAGAAACUCCUCUUCACGUGGCAGCUGCCCGGGGACACGUGGAUUGUGUCCAGGCGCUUCUCGAUGCCAACUCUCCGAUUGAUGCUGUUGAGCAGGACGGCAAGACCGCUUUGAUUAUUGCUUUGGAGAAUGGAAAUGUGGAUAUUGCGAGUAUUUUGAUAACAAAUGGUUGUGAUAUUAAUCAUGCAGAUCAUCACGGCGACACAGCUCUUCACAUAGCCUCCAAACACGGACUGCUCCAAGCAGUCCAGACCUUAUGCCACUGCGCCGUAACAGUUGAUUCGGUGAAUGCAAACAAGAAGACCGCACUUCACUUGGCUGCACAUUACGGACACGUGGAUAUUAUAAGGGUUCUACUUCUGGCUCGGGCGGAUGUCACUUUGAGAGGCGAUGAUGGUCUGACGGCUGAACUUGUUGCAGUGGCCGCCGAAAGAUUGGAGGCACAUUCCUUGUUGAAAAUGGUGAAGUCGCAAGAAAUCCGAGAGGAGUACAUCUCCCAACUCUACCCACUGGACACCUCUCUCCGCCGCAUCAAGCUCAAGCUCCUCGGGCACUCCCAAUCUGGAAAGACCCGCCUUGUACAGACACUUCACUCGUCACGUGGAAUCUCAUCUUUCCUGGAAUCAGUUACCCGACGAAUCAGCGAUCACUACAGCCCGUCGAGUUCGAUGAAAGACGAUGGAAUCCACUCAACAAAUGGCUCAUUCGUCAGCGAGUCCAACAACAACUCGUCGUUUGACCUGGCGGCGGCCGCCGGUAGCAAGUACGCUCCACCGCACUCUCAGUAUACGAGGGGAAUUGAUGUGCAGACGGUGAACAUUAAUGGGUGCGGAGAGUUCUCGGUUUGGGAGUUUGGAGGUUAUGAGCCAAUGCACACGUGUUAUGAUCAUUUUGUGGGCAAUGCCGAUUGUAUUCAUCUCAUUUUGUAUAGGACAAGUGAUCCGACAGAAGUUCAAUAUAAGCAGAUCUUGUAUUGGAUGAACUUUUUGAAGGGAAGAGUCACGCCGUUUGAGCCAAUUGGUCACUGUGGCUUCUCCUCCCGUCGCUCCAAAGUAAUCAUCGUCGGAACCCAUGCGACGUCAUCCCUCUUUCCUCAAAUGAACCAGGAAGGAGAAUACGUGUCAUCCGACAUUGAAGCAAUGCUAAACACAGUACGCCUUCGCUUCGAGACCCAUUUCGACAUGGAUCACCGACUGAUCCUUCUCGAUGCGACGAACCCGUCUUGCAUCGGAAUGAAGACGCUGAAAAUGGAGCUGGCAAAGUGCCGAACUAACAUUCUCGCGAAACUUCUGAAACCGCUGGCUAUUCUGGAUACGGUCGUGAAUCAUUUGAACUUGGUGCGAAAGAAGCAUGCAAACUUCCCCGUGAUCACAUGGCCCGACUUUAUACAGCUGGUACGGAAUGAGAUUAAUCCGCUGACUGGGGAUGCACAUUGCCGGCAGAUUGUGCAGCAAUUGCAGUUGAUUGGAGAGCUUGUCUACCUCCGGAACGAUCUCUGCGAUGCUGACUACGUGGUGCUCAACGCCGAAUGGUUCGGAACCCACAUUCUCGGCCAACUGCUCAGCGCGGAGUUCCUCUCGAAAGCCAGUCCAAACGGCUCGUACCAUACAAGCUCCCUGGCAAAGAUCUUCCCAGAAAUCCCCGAACAAUCGGAUCUAAUGACAAUUUUGGAGGUCCUUCAGCUCUGUGCUCCAGAUGCUCGCACCGGAGCUCACGAGUUUCCAGUUUUCAUUCAGACAGAGGCGCCUGACUCGAUUUGGAGGCCCUAUUCGUUAAAGGAAAAGGAAAGGGAUACGGUGUACGGUGGGGUAAGGAUCCUUCCGAUGAGGGGUAUGGAGAGAAGUCUGCAUAGCACGUUCCCAAGGAUUCAAGUGGCUUUGAGAAGGAGUAUCAAUGAUUAUCAGCCUGCAAAAGACACCCAACUGCACCAAUGGUCUGAAUGUUCAAAACUUGUAUCCCAGGAUCGUGAAGCAGUCAUUCGAAUGGUCGGUGAUGCAGUUGAAAUUCGGGCUCGCGGGCCUUCCGAGUCAGCAACCUCCAUGUUCUAUUUCAUGGAAGAUUUGAUUAAUCUAGUGGAACAUGCCGCAGCAGAAGUUGGGCCUGGAAUCAGUUUGGAGCGACAUUUCAUCUCACCGAAGCAUCUGAAAGAACAUCGUGAGCAUCCAGCACUGUUCCCACCGGAAUCCAUGAUGGAGAUGCAGCAACGAGAAUCGUUAUCAGUGAAGGGGACCCAAGACGAGGAGGAGUUGUUCACGGAUGUUGUAUGCUUCGGAUCACGGGAUGUCGCCCGACACCUCACACUUGGUAUAGACGUGGGUGUUGCUGAUCUUCAGAUGGCGAGUCGGUGUGAGCUAGCGUGUCUUCUCGAUCCACCUCAUGCAAUGGGAAGAGACUGGUCGAUUCUGGCGGUCAAGCUUCAGUUGACUGAUCAAGUGCCAGAUGUCGAUUCAACCGGUCAAUCCCUAUCCCGUACCGAUCAAUUGCUCAACGAGUGGGCCAUCCACCAUCCGGAGCAAGCCAGCGUCGGUAACCUGUGCAGAAUUCUCGUGGAACUCGGGCGGUGCGAUGCGCGAGACGCGCUCUACCGCACAGUCCCACUGUACGUGUUCGCGCCGCUCGAAGAUCAAUUCCUGUUGGAGACCAACGACAGCGGUGUCGUCUCGUCGUGUCACAGCUCCAGUGAGCACAAUCCAAUCAAUAUUUGAAUGUUUUUUUUUUGAAUUUUUUUCCUGCUCCCGAGUCUUAUACUUUUGUGAUUUUGUGUGUUCUAAGCCAAAACGGGUUGAUUUCUUACCACUUUUCGACAUUUAUUCCCCCUUUUUUUGAAAUUAUUAUGCGUUCGUAUAGAUGGUGCUUUAUCAAUUUUCCGAAGAAAAACCGAAAAAUCGAUAUUUAAAUUUUUUUUAAAUUUUCUUUCAUCGAUUUUCCUGCAAAAUAGCUAAAAAUCGAUAAUCAAAUUGAUGUUUUCAGAAAAUCGAUAAUUUUUCGAUUAUUGGUUUUUACGAUUUUCCCCUAAAAAAACGAUAAAAUAGUACUUUUCACCGCGAACGUAUAAUAAGAAAUUCCCAGUUGAUUACCGGUCCGUGUCACUAAAAACUGAACGAAAUAAGCAUAAUCCUCCAUUUGCCGAUCGAUAAUUUUUUCUGUAUAUUUAUGAAUUAGGAUUAGCUUUUUUUUUGUUUCUGAAAUAAAUAAAUUACAA